UCAAAACCACUCUGUGUAACAGUACUUCUUGAUUUAUUUGCAUUGAGAUGAAAUAAAUUCCCGUUAUUACGUAAACUGUAUCGAAGCGUUUUGAAUUUAAGGGAAGUCACAGAUUUGUGGGCGGGCUUGAAAAGCACCCAGUUGUGUUGGUAGCAUCUUUCAACACUACACCGGCAGACGGCGAAUUUAAAACGAUCUGACGUGUUUAACAGCCGGACACACUAUGUUAUAUUGGGUUAUCUUUUGUCUUUUGUUUCCAUCGUGUUAUUCUUCAGUGACGAGGAAUGACCGACCAAUUAUUGGUGUUCUGGCCCAGGAAGUUCGUUCACCCAAACCCAAUGUAAACUCUUACAUCGCUGCUUCUUAUGUAAAGUUCCUGGAAUCUGCAGGGGCGAGGGUCGUCCCAGUCAUGAUAAACCAGACACUGGAGGAGUAUAAAACACUGUUCAACUCCAUUAAUGGGAUCCUCUACCCGGGUGGAGCUGCCAGCCUUACCUCGUCUGGUUAUGCAAGAGCUGCAAAAAUCUUUUAUGAGCUGGCUAUCGAGGCAAACCAGAGAGGAGACUAUUUUCCCAUAUGGGGAACAUGCCUUGGGUUUGAGCAACUGACUGUUUUGACGAGUGGAAAAAAUCUUCUAGUAAACACCAACACGAGUGGUAUAGCUCUGCAUCUGGAGUUCACUAAUGAAACCAAACACAGCAGGCUGUUCGGAGGCUUCCCAGAUGAACUGAUGAAAGAUCUGGCAUCUGAGCCGCUGACUGAAAACUCUCACAAGUGGAGUAUAGCUUUGUCGACUCAUCGGUCAAAUGAGGAGCUGAACAGUUUCUACAAAGUUCUCUCCACAAACACGGACGGAAGAACUGAGUUCGUCUCAACCAUGGAAGCGUAUGAUUAUCCAAUUUAUGGGACACAGUGGCAUCCAGAGAAAAAUGCAUUUGAAUGGAGGAGGCUUUAUUAUCCACACUCUCCAUCAGCGAUAAAGAUCACCUUCUACACAGCCGAAUUCUUUGUAAACGAAGCCAAGAAGAAUAUGCACAAGUUUGCAUCAGAGGAGGACGAGAGAGACGCCCUUAUUUACAACUACACGCCUGUUUAUGCCACUACUCGGAGCAUCUUUGAGCAGAUCUAUUAUUUCUGAUUUGUUUUGUUGUUUGUUGUUUGUUUUCGUUUCUCUGCCUCUGAUUGGCUGCCUCAGUAAUUUGACGUGAAUGUUUGCACUUGAUUUGGUUUGUUUGAUUUUGCACUGGCUGCACACACUGUUUAAUGUGUAAUCAAAUAGAAUGUUGUCUGUAAAUAAAAAGGAUUAAUACAUGCAAUAUCACACUAUGUAAGGAAGGGGGAACGGACAUCAUAGCUGUAGAAAGUACUAAUAGAAGGAGUAAAAUGUUCAUUUUACAUGUUGAAAUUAAGAAUUACACUUUCAUAAAAUGCUGCUUAUUGAUGAAAUGUAAUUAUUUUGUAAGUUAUUUUUUAAGAUGAGUUAAUCAAAAUAUGCAAGUUAUGAACUUGAUGUAAGUAAUGCCAAAGAUCAAUUGUUUGUGUAAAAAAGGGAAGUAAAAUCUAGUUUAAGAUGAA